UUAUAUAUAUAUAUGUAUUUAGAUAUGUAGAAAACAUCAGCAAAAUACCUGGCAAUGAGAACGAAUAAUAAAUAAAUAAUCUGUGAAUUAAAGCCUGAUCACAAAUGGAAAAAUAGAUUUAUGUGAUAUGUGUGAGAUUUUGCAGUGAGAUAGACACAGAUAAGUAAAAUUCACCUGUUUCAUUCCCAUUCAGAUAAUGGACACAAUAGAGUACUUAAAGACUUCGGAGCUAGUCUUCAGAGUGCAAAAUUACUUUGGUGUCCAGGUCAAAGAGGAUGGCAAGGAUAAGAGGGAGUUUAUAGUGACCAACAGGUUCUGGCAUUACCUCUUCCUAUUUGGUACGGAACUUGGUGAUGAACUGUUUUAUUCCAUUUUCAUUCCGUUCUGGUUCUGGAACAUUGAUGGAUACGUGGGCAGGAGGGUGGUCCUGGUUUGGGCUAUGGCCAUGUACACAGGUCAAGCUAUUAAGGAUAUAAUCAGAUGGCCCAGGCCUGGAUACCCUGUCAUAAGGUUACAAAACAAGUGGGCUUUGGAAUAUGGCAUGCCUUCAACUCAUGCGAUGGUCGGGAUCUCAAUACCAUUCUCAGUGCUGCUCUUCACCUUGAGCAGAUAUCAGUACAAUGUUGCUCUCGGGUUGGCUUUCGCUGUAACCUUGUGCACUCUCAUCUGCAUGAGCAGAUUGUAUUUGGGAAUGCACACUGUGCUGGAUAUUUUGGCUGGACUGGCUUUGGCUAUAUCUCUGAUGUUCGUGCUUGUACCAUCUGCGAAUUACAUUGAUAAUUAUUUGCUCACGAAUCCGACGUCGCCAAUUAUGUUGCUGGUAACUUCAAUACUGAUGAUAAUUUAUCAUCCCAACAGCGAUAAAUGGACUCCAACAAGGGGUGACACCACUAUGAUCUUAUCUGUUUCUGUUGGGGCUCACAUCGGCGCUUGGUUGAACUACCAAACGGGAAACAUGUCUCCGGCAGAGCUCUCACCGCCUUACGCAAUAUAUUGGCCAUCGUACUACAUGAUCGGCUGCAUAAUCCUAAGGACAAUCCUAGGUUUAGCCUUGGUCUUAGCGACGAGAACGAUAGCGAAGAAACUAUCUUACAACUUUUUCUGCGCGCUCCUCAAACAGGACGUGGACGAUAUACGGAAAUCGGAGAACACUUUGGAGAACAAGCACAAGAACAUCGUGGAAAUCGGCUGCAAGUACGUGACCUGCUGGUCGAUCGGCUUCAACAUACUCUAUUCCAUUCCGCACAUCUUCCGAAUGCUUCAAAUCGAAAGGCCCAACUUCUACACGGAGAUAUGAUAAAAAAGGGCCGAUCCAUUUAGAGCGAGUUUUAACAGAACAAUAAUCGAGCAGUUCAUUCAACAGAUUCCCAUUAGAAUCAAUUCAAUUCAAUCAAGUCGGUUGUGGAUCUUAUCGAAAGCUUUAAUUCGUUGAAUACAAAACAAUUAUUGGCGUAGGCUGUUAAUCGUGAGGCAACGAACACCAAUUAAUUUAGUAUUUAAUCCAUCGUUUGACUAGAGAUUAUUUUUUUCUAUACCAAACUUAGGUGAAAUGUAGAAAUGCAACAAGAAUAAUUGUGAUCACACUUCUAUAUUAGAUUAUAGCCAAUUUAGAGGCGAGAACCUCACGCAAACAUAUCAUAAAUAAUCAAGUUAUUUAGUGCUUCAAGUAAAAUCGAUAACAGAGAGCUUCCAUUUGAGUAAUCAACUAAUGUGAUUCAGUGAUUCAAACUUUUUUUUAAUCUAAUAAUACCUCUUUACUACUGCCUGACCUACAAUAUAUCCAAACCAAAUAAAUAAAUAUAUAUAUUAAGAAUAAGAAUUAUCGCAA